GGACACGGCACACGCGGUCUCUGGAACACUACCAGAAAUCGUGCUGUCAUCAACCAGGGAAAGGCGGUUCCAAGCCUGCGACUUGCUGACGCCCCACCGCCGGAGUUAAGGAGAAAAUAAGAUGCUGACGGUCGCGCGGGCAAGGAUUCACCGUAACGGUAGCCCCAUCGGGGACAUUCCUGCUAAGCUUCUAGAAAGCUCUCCUCGAUUGGGGGAUUUGGCUGUGACGUCACGUUGGCCGUGUGCCCCUGAUGACUCGGAAAUAUCAUGCUGUGACAGGAGUUCUGCACAAAUUUUCGGGACCGCCACCAGAUCGACUUCGGCACUGUCGGCAUUGUUGGUGCCGCCGAUCGAACCCCGAUCCUUUGCCGGGCGCCAGCCACCACCGCCACAGUGGCUGUCAUUCGACUUUGCUGACAGCUAUCUCCGUUGCUCACUUCAUCAACUUGGCGUGCUCCUGGUUGGAGACAGAUUUUUAAUAGACAAUAGCAUCUCUAACCCAGACUAUGGACGUACGCUCCUUAAUGUCUGCAAGGAUCAGCGAUCCUCAUGUAAAAAAGUAUUGUACACCACUGUUCAAUGCAUCAGAUAUUCUCAUUAUAGAACUGGACUACUUAUAACUGUAGAACGGGCUUCCCUUCCCACUACCUCCAUCAUCUCUAUAUCUAGCACUUCAAUUCCCUCAAUCAAUCUAAAAUAACCCCCAAAGACAAUAUAAUCCAACCCACCAAUAAGUCCAGAACUUCAAAACCACAACCCGUAAAUCCCGAGACUAACACUCCUCCCGCUCCCUUACCGAAAAGCGGAAUAAUCCGUCCUACCAUCUCCACGACCGAAAACCCAUACUUCAAGUACACACUCAGCCCCGCCCCGCUGACUCGGACAUGACAU